GCCCAGGCCCCGCCCCUCGCGCCUACACUUAUUUCUCUGUGCGCGGAGACCCGCGCCUCCUCAGCCAGAACUAGCCGGCUGCUUGCUGUCGCAGCUGCACUUCUUCGUCCUACCGCGUCACCGCUGCCGCCAUGCCCGGCGGUCUCCUUCUCGGGGACAAGGCUCCAAACUUCGAGGCCAAUACUACCAUAGGCCGCAUUCGUUUCCACGACUUUCUAGGAAACUCAUGGGGCAUUCUCUUCUCCCACCCUCGGGACUUUACCCCUGUAUGCACCACGGAGCUUGGCAGAGCUGCAAAGCUGGCACCAGAAUUUGCAAAGAAGAAUGUUAAGUUGAUUGCCCUGUCAAUAGACAGUGUUGAGGACCAUCGUGCCUGGAGCCGGGAUAUCAAUGCUUACAAUGGUGAUGAGCCCACAGAACAGUUACCUUUUCCCAUCAUUGAUGACAGUAAUCGGGAACUUGCCAUCCUGUUGGGCAUGCUGGACCCUGCAGAGAAGGACGAGAAGGGCAUGCCUGUGACAGCUCGUGUGGUGUUUGUUUUUGGUCCUGAUAAGACACUGAAGCUGUCUAUCCUCUAUCCAGCUACCACUGGCAGGAACUUUGAUGAGAUUCUCAGAGUAGUUACCUCUCUCCAGCUGACAGCAGAAAAGAAGGUUGCCACACCAGUUGAUUGGAAGGAAGGAGGUAGCGUGAUGGUCCUUCCAAACAUCCCUGAAGAGGAAGCCAAAAAACUUUUCCCUAAAGGAGUCUUCACCAAAGAGCUUCCAUCUGGCAAAAAAUACCUCCGCUACACACCCCAGCCUUAAGUCUCCAGAAUUUGGUGCCAGAGUUGCUUGCAUAGUGCAGUGAGCCAGAGGAUGUCAGCUGCCAAUCAUGUUUUCCAGCAGCUCCCUAAACACAUCCUGGUGUGAUCAUAGCCAAGGUCUUUAGGUUGCUACACUACUGGCUUAUUAAAUGAAAAUGGCACUAAAAA